AUGGGGGCGGCUGAACCGCAUCGACGAAAGCCAGGUCAGACGUCAGCUUUCACGAUGUCAGCUGACAUUUGUGGUCCGUUCAAGGACUUCGGGGUGUCAAAGCGAAGAAAGGUGAGGUAUGCACUGCACACCUUCUGCAAGGCACUUCUACGGCUUCCGCCGGUGCACCACCCCGUUCCUCUGGACUCGGCCAUUUUGGCACUGGGAUCGCCAUGGAAGGUCUACCGGAAGGUAGUCCUCCCGCGGACGCUGCUGGAAGGGGGUGCUCCGGUGGAAGCCAAAAUGGAUGAUCUCUUUGGACCGGAGGAGCCAAAGGAACUGAUCUCAGUGGAAGCAGCGCGAAAGAGAAAUCAGAAAUGGGUGGAAGCCAUAAAAAAGGAGGCUCAAGAGUUGUCAGAGCCUGUGCCUGUCGUGAACUUAACAUUCCUGGAACCCAUUGCUUCCCGUGCUGCAGAUGAGAUUGUGACAGCACUGUCAAAGAUCCACGCCGCCACGCCAGAGGCUUAA